UGUCCAGAGGAGGGGCCGCUUCGGGAAGUCGAGGCCGGAGCGGCUGCAGCGACUGCGGCGGCUGUACGCAGGCGCAGAGCUGACCGGACGUAUCUGCUGGUGGCGGCGCAAGCUGGUGAAAGGAGUGCUGGGCUCUGAAGUAGGGCGCGAAAUUGUUUGGCUCCGGGCUGCGGCGGACGACUUUGGAUCAAGCACCGGUGCCCGCCUUCUCUGCAGGGCCCGGGUCGGCCAGGCGCUUUCUCCGCCUCCUGCCUGACCGCUCCUGCCCCCGAGUUCAGCGGGGUGAGCUUUUUUUGUCUAAGGAAAAUUACCACUCGAGGCUGGUGAAGGUGCUUGGAAACUGGUUCCUUCGUGCCCUGUGAAGGCGGUGUGAACCAUAUGGAAAUCAGUUUGGCAAUAUGAGCCUGUAUCCUUUGACCUAGUGAUUCCUCCUUUGAGAAGUGUUUAAAAAAUCCCUUCUGCUGAAGGAACUUAUUUGCUGGGAUAGUUUCAGAAUGUCAAGUACUGUGUCUUACUGGGUCUUAAAUUCUGCAAGGAACAGCAUCACCACAUUACAAGCGGGCAGACGUUUAUACUCAAGAUGUGUCUCAAACGGGAAUAAAUCAAAAUGGAGGCUCUUUUCCCGGGUGCCGGCCACCCUGAAAGACAGUUCCCCUUGUGGCAGCUUUGCUCUGCAGAAAGCUUACAGACACACAUCUACAGAAGAAGAUGAUUUCCACUUGCAGCUAAGUCCCGCGCAGGUGAAUGAAGUGCUUCGAGCCGGUGAGUCAGCCUACAAGAUUCUUGACCUUGACAGCAGAGUCCCAAAUUCAGUGUUGCGAUUUGAGAGCAACCAGCUGGCCGCUAAUUCCCCAGUGGAGGACCGGCGAGGUGUAGCCUCCUGCCUGCAGACCAGCGGGUUGAUGUUUGGCAUCUUCGAUGGCCAUGGUGGCCACGCAUGUGCACAGGCAGUAAGCGAGAGGCUCUUCUACUAUGUGGCAGUGUCACUGAUGUCCCAUCAGACCCUGGAGCAGAUGGAGGGAGCAAUGGAAAGCAUGAAGCCCCUACUUCCCAUCCUGCAGUGGCACAAGCACCCAGGGGACAGUAUCUACAAGGAUGUCACGUCAGUGCAUCUUGACCACCUCCGCGUCUACUGGCAGGAGCUGCUUGACCUGCACAUGGAAAUGGGACUGAGCAUCGAGGAAGCGUUAACGUACUCCUUCCAGAGACUGGAUUCUGACAUCUCACUGGAAAUCCAGGCUCCCCUGGAAGAUGAGCUGACAAGGAACCUUUCGCUCCAGGUUGCUUUCUCUGGGGCAACAGCUUGCAUGGCCCAUGUCGAUGGAGUUCACUUGCAUGUGGCAAAUGCUGGUGACUGCCGGGCCAUCCUUGGUGUUCAGGAGGACAGUGGGAUGUGGUCUUGUCUGCCCCUCACCCGCGACCACAAUGCCUGGAACCAGGCUGAGCUGUCACGGCUAAAGAGGGAGCACCCCAAGUCGGAGGACAGGACGAUCAUCAUGGAUGACAGGCUACUGGGUGUCCUCAUGCCCUGCAGGGCCUUUGGGGACGUCCAGCUAAAGUGGAGUAAAGAGCUGCAGCACAGUGUCCUGGAGCGGGGCUUCAAUACCGAGGCACUCAACAUUUACCAGUUCACCCCCCCACACUACUACACUCCACCCUACCUGACUGCUGAGCCCGAGGUCACAUACCACAGGCUGAGGCCCCAGGAUAAGUUCCUCGUGCUGGCCUCCGAUGGCCUGUGGGAUGUGCUGGACAAUGAAGUCGUGGUGAGGCUGGUGGUGGAGCACCUGGACGAGGCAGGUCGGCACAAGCCCGACUUGGCCCAGAGACCCACCAACCUGGGCCUCAUGCAGAGCCUGCUGCUACAGAGGAAAGCCAAAGGGCUCCACGCUGCCGACCAGAAUGCAGCCACACACCUGAUCAGACAUGCCAUUGGGAGCAACGAGUAUGGGGAACUGGAGCAGGAGCGGCUGACGGCGAUGCUGACAUUGCCGGAUGACUUGGCAAGGAUGUACAGGGAUGAUAUCACUGUCACUGUGGUAUAUUUUAACUCAGACUCAAUUGACACAUACUACAAGGGGGGCUAAGAGUCUCCCAUCCUACUGGCAAGGUUAACUUAAAUGCUUUUCUAAAACAUUUUCACUUACUCUUAAACUGGCUAUUCACACCUUACCAUUAAAAUGGCAGGCAGAUGGAGCUUGCAAAAUAAUACGUUAACCUGAGGAAAACAGCUGAACAUAGGUUUAAAACAAUAACAGAUUUCACGUCUCUGCAUGUUUUGGUCAAUCCUCUGUGCAGCGAGGGCAGAGCAUAGAGACCAUAACAUUGGCCUGGGGUCACAAAGCCCAAGUCCUUUUAUGAAGACACUUAGUCAAAAUGUGUUUGCCUGAGUAAAUUUAGUCAUGAUGCUAAGAAUAAAGAGCAUCAGGACCUUCUGAGGUCUUGCUGCAAAACCUGCAUACUUGAUAAUUCUGAACUCACAAUCAUGGACAACUAGACUUUAAAGGGAGGUUUUAUUGUUUGUUUUUUAAUUACUAAGGCCUAGGUUUACAAACCAAACUACAGGACACUUUUCUAUGGAGUAUCCUCACCUUUUUUUGUUAUUACACUUGUGAAAACCUUUUUGUAAUGCUACUUCUGUCUUAGUUUAUUUUCCAAGCGUGCUUGGAACAACUUGUCCUGGCUCUCAGCUGAGGGUGAGAGGGGCUAGGGCUCUGGACCAGCUGAAUUUACUUGUACAGCUUUCAUCACCUUGGCUGAGUCGCACCCCCUGAGCCUUUGACCCAUACAAGGAGGUAACGCAUGUCUGAGCCUUAACACCUGGCCUUUCCUGCACUGGUAAAAUGUCUUCCUGGGCUUAGCCUCUGGGGGGUUAUUCUUAGCACUUAACCCUUCUGAUUAUGCCUCUGAAAGUUCUGUUAAUUCCACCUAACAUAAUCCUUCUACCUCUGGUUAUGCUGAUCCCCUCACCCUGCUCCUGCUGACGGCACAAUGCUGUCUCAAAAGAAUCUUUUGCAGGUUUCCUUUUCAAGUGGUUAUUGGGAAUGAGAAAAAUGUGAUCUCACCGGUAGCUAUGACAGACAUGCAGACAGGACGAGCUUAUCCUGUAGAUUACGGACUUGGGCUUCAGCCUGAAAUUAUAGAGGGGAAAACUUGAAGGAUGAGAAGAGUCACUAACUGAGGCUGUCUGUCUGCAUUCGGGGAGGAGGGAGACUUAACCAGAGGGAACACUUGCUCCUAGACUGUGGGAUAAAUCACCAUUGCUACUCCCUCUGGAACUAGACCAGAUUUAGUAUAGUAUUUGGGGCAAAAAAUAAAACAUAACCUGCAGUGGUUUCCGUGGGCUGUACAGUCAUUGUAUUUACUCAAAAAUUAAGCCAUUGGGAUACUUGUGGGGGAGAUAAAUUUCAUCUUCUCGUGCUAGCCUGUGACAUUUUAAUGAACAGGAAGUAUAUCCCUAAUUGGAAGCACAAACAAUCCUACAAAACUGACAAUUUUAUUUUCCUGCACAAAAUUGGGCAGAAUUCUCCAAUGUAGUUGAACUGUGUUAGUCAGUCCCUCUCCUCAGUUCACCCCCUCACACCAUCUACUGAAAAGAAAAGCAAAUAACUAGGUUUGGCUUCCUCGUUUUGUUUCUGUCCCAGCUGACAUUAGCCUAAGCCUUGGGAUACUUGUAGUUUGGGGACAUUUCCCUGUGCAUUUUCCAGUGCAACUUAUUCAGUGUUGUGGCUUCAUCUAAGAAUUCUCUUUUUAGGCGCUUAAGCCUUGGUUCUUGUAUUCAGAAGUCAUUAGUAUUCCUUCUGAUCUCUUUGAUCUUAAUUCAAAAAUAAAAUGUGAAUCAUUACCAUUCUGCUAGCAUGAAGGUUUAUUGCUAGAAUUGAGGACUCCACUUGUCUGACAUUCUUUGUUCUUUAUGCCGGCUAAACCCUGGAGUAUUUUGGGAUUACAGUGUCUGAAUCCUAUUUUGGAGCCUAACAUGGGUCAUAAAUAUAUCUGAUUCAGUAGUCUGUGGGACAGCUGAGAGAAUCCAGAAGUUCCACCUGUUUCUCUAAGUGUGUCUGUUUUUUCUCCGCCUUAUAGAUUUCGCUGUAUUCUAGUUGCUACGUUGAGAAAGAAGAAAGGAUAGUUUAUUGUCUGCCUUUUCCCACUGUGAACUCUGUCAGCUCUUCCCAGGAACGGUGGUCCGGGGAGUGCCUGCUGGUUUAACCACGAUUCUGCUGUUACUGGUCUUCCCGAGGCACAUGGGCCACUGCUUGAGGACACUGGGAUUUGAGAGGGGGUUAGUAGCACUUGUCAGAUCUUCCUUUUAUGGAGAGGUAUCAAUAUUGAGACUUUUAAAAUAAACUAAAAUGAGAUUAAAAGUUUUAUAUUUUAGAUGUAACUUUUGAAGAAAAUAACCUUUGGUGUUUCAAAUUUAUCAUGUUAAGUAAGAAACUUCGGUAAUAUUGGCAUAAUUUAUGUUUUAUAUAUAAAUACAGCUCUGCUUACCCUGGGAAUUGAUCAUGAUGGAUAGAAAAGAUGGUAUUAGUUCUAAAUCCAAAUUAAUAUGCUAGAUCAAGUUAUGUUGAUUCACCUUUCUGAGAUGUUAUUUGUAACAUUAAAGCUAAUUUAUUAUAAUGAGAAUGUAAACUUUGAGGUACUUUAAUAUAUAAACAUGUUUUUCCCAGAAGUACAAUUGGCCUAAAAGAUCUUCUUUGGGACACAUUGGGUAAAGUUCUGUUUAGACACGGUACCUUUUAUGUGUAAAUGAAGUUUAAAUAGCUCAAGCUUGAGUUAAAGAUUAGGAUAAUUAAUUAUAGGGAACAAAAAAAUGUGUUCAGAAUGCACCUGGCUUGACUCUUCUGUCUGUUAGCCCCUGAUGACUUGUCUUCCUCUCACAGCUUUUGGGAAGCCUGAACUUCCCAGGUUAAAUCAGAGAGGCCUGGAACUGAGCCACCCUACUUUCAUCUUGAAGUGGUUCAUUUGUCUCUAAAUGUGACUCUCUUCCGUGGCAGAGAAAGCCCUGACGUAGCCUUGGAUCUGGGGUGUAAAGGCUGGUGGUACCACUCAUGAUGUAAGCUGCCACGUGCAUCACUUGAGUGAAAAACGUGCUUUAAAGGGGCAGGGGCUGAGUCCCUUGCACCUCAGGCCCCUGCUGUUUAACUUGUCUCCUGGAAAAUAUUUCUUACCAAGCAUCUCCUUGGAAAAAUCAUUAACCAUGUUCUUUAAUAAUUACUGACAUUUUUAUUUUAAGCUGUAUACCAAUGUUUGUAUUUGACACUGAUUUUCUAACCAUCAGAGAUAUUUAAAUAAGACUUGUAAAUAAAAGAAGCAAAAUGAA